AUGUUCAAGGACGGUUAUGAAGACUUUUUGAGACAUCGAGCAGACCAGAAAAAUAACAACAUGCCAGUUGAAGUUGUUGAUGAAUCUGGUGCAUUGGUUACUAAGAGGUCCUUUGAACUUAUGAUUGGUGAUAUUGUUCUUGUUUGCAACGGUGAUACUUGUCCCUGUGACAUAGUUCUGCUGAGUUCAAGUGAGUCGUCUGGAGAAUGUUUUGUGACGACAGCAAGCCUAGAUGGGGAAACCAACUUAAAACGAUUGUUAGCACCUCCUGUUACUCGGGAAUUGGAUACUCCCUCGGAUAUUGCCAACAAUCUUUCAGCAACUAUUGUGUGCCAACAACCAGUACAAGACAUUUACGAGUUCACUGGCAAGCUGAUUAUUUUUGAGACUGUUUCAGACACUGAAACUGCCUACCCAUUGAGUAAUGAAUGCUUGCUGCUUCGUGGUGCGCGUCUAAAGAAUACAGAUUUCGUUUACGGAUGUGUGGUCUACACCGGUUGCGAUACAAAAAUGGCACUGAAUGCGAAAAGAAAGAAAGCGAAGUUUUCUAAGAUUGAACGCAAACUAAACACUUUUCUUUUAAUUUAUCUUUUCGGGCUCCUCCUUACCUGCGUUGCUUACACGGUCCUUAAGAACCUUUCCAAAGUUCAUGCAUGGUACAUCCAGUUCCGUAAAAUUACACCCUGGUUUGUCACCCAGGAUCUACUUACAUUCAUUGUCCUUUUUAACUACGCUGUCCCAAUCUCUCUAUACGUUACAAUUGAAUUCCAAAAAUUUAUCGGAUCCAUGUUUUUUGGCUGGGAUUUGGAGAUCUACGAUGCCGAAAUUGAUGAACGCGCUUUAGUGAACACCUCUGACAUCUUGGAAGAAAUGGGUCAAGUUGAGUACCUCUUCUCGGACAAGACAGGAACUCUGACCAGAAAUGAGAUGUCAUUUCAACGAUUGGUUGUUGGGGAUGGAACUUACCUCCUUCGUGACUCCAUGCUGCAUCCCCUCUUUGAGGUGCAAGCGACAAAAUUGCGCGAUCUCACCUCUCCUCGCUUGUCUGGUGCUGGUCUUUCCUUUACCCAAAUGCCUAUGACUGUUCAAAUUCUCCUUAUUUUUCUUGCACUUUGCCACACCGUUCGAGUGGAGCAGGAUCCGGAGGCACGUCAGUCGUUGAGCGUCAGUCUUAUGGACCAUAUAAGGAAGCAAAAACGGUUAAAGAAGAGGGUGAAGGAGAGGUUUAAACUUAUGCACCUUAAUAAGAUGACACCUCCGUCAAAGGAAUGGACCUAUCGACGACGCGAGUCUGCUAUUCUCUCGGCACAGGAGGCUGUCAGUGCGGUGAAUAGUGGAUCAGAAAUUGAUUGUGGUCAGAGUUAUGAAUAUCAGGCUUCUUCACCAGACGAAAAAACGUUCGUAGAGGGCUGCCGCGACUUGGGAAUAAUUUACCACGGACAGAAUAAACAACAAUUGCACGUAAGGACUCUCAUUAUUCUCUGGAGGAUCCGAAUUUUGACCUCUCUUAUUAGCCAAAUGCAAAAUACUCACAAUUUUUUGAAGGUAAUUACACUUUUUGGAAAAAAAGGACUUCAAUAUCGUCUGUUGGAUGUUCUUGAAUUUGACACUACUCGAAAAUGCAUGUCCGUUAUUGUGCAACCCGUGCUGCAGGGCGAGGAGGAGACAUCCACCUACGUGCCCGAGAAACCGGUUCUUGUGCUCUGUAAAGGUGCCGAUUCCAGCCUUCUUGCUAAGGUAAAUCGUGUUGUUGUGUUCGUGAAGCACAAUUUAAUUGCGCACCCUUUCAUGGACCUUUCAAGGUGA